AUGGCGGAUUUGCAAGGACGUAAGGUCUUCAAGGUGUUCAAUCAGGAUUUUAUCGUUGACGAGCGAUACAAUGUGACCAAGGAGUUAGGACAGGGCGCAUAUGGCAUUGUCUGUGCUGCCACGAAUGUUCAGACUGGGGAGGGUGUUGCAAUCAAGAAGGUUACAAAUGUAUUCAGCAAGAAAAUCUUGGCCAAACGUGCCCUGCGCGAGAUCAAACUUCUCCAGCAUUUCCGCGGCCAUCGCAAUAUCACGUGCUUGUAUGACAUGGAUAUCCCGAGACCAGACAAUUUUAAUGAAACUUACUUGUAUGAAGAAUUGAUGGAGUGUGACUUGGCUGCGAUCAUCCGAUCUGGACAGCCUUUAACCGACGCUCACUUCCAAUCCUUUAUUUACCAAAUACUCUGUGGCUUGAAAUAUAUACAUUCUGCCAAUGUCCUGCAUCGAGACCUUAAACCAGGCAAUCUGUUGGUUAAUGCUGACUGCGAGCUUAAAAUUUGCGACUUCGGCCUCGCUCGUGGCUUCUCCAUUGAUCCCGAUGAGAACGCCGGCUAUAUGACCGAGUACGUUGCUACCCGAUGGUACCGCGCUCCUGAAAUCAUGUUAAGCUUCCCCAGCUAUACAAAAGCCAUUGAUGUUUGGUCUGUUGGCUGCAUCUUGGCCGAGCUGCUUGGUGGUCGACCAUUUUUCAAGGGCCGUGAUUACGUUGACCAACUCAACCAAAUUCUCCACUACCUUGGAACGCCCAAUGAGGAAACCCUCUCACGCAUCGGCUCUCCCCGUGCACAAGAGUACGUCAGAAAUCUCCCAUACAUGCACAAGAUCCCUUUCCAGCGCCUCUUCCCGAAUGCGAACCCAGACGCGCUUGAUCUGCUGGACAGAAUGCUGGCCUUCGACCCCUCUUCUCGUAUAUCUGUUGAAGAAGCUCUUGAGCAUCGCUACUUGCACAUCUGGCACGACGCCUCGGAUGAACCCUCAUGCCCCACUACAUUCGACUUCCAUUUUGAGGUCGUCGAGGAUGUACCAGAAAUGAGGAAAAUGAUCCUUGAAGAGGUCCUCCGAUUCAGGCAGCAUGUGAGACAGGGCGCUCAGACACCAACCGUGGCAGGGCAGCAGGCACAGCAGCAGGCACAACAGAAUGUCCCGAUUCCGGAAGACCACUCUGGCCCCUGGAAACAUGAAGAUCCCCGGCCCCAAGAGGCUAUAUAUGAUAGCUCCCGAAAUCCCAAUGACUUGGAGGCAUCACUCCAAAGGGGAAUGGAUGUUGUUAGAUAA